UCAGUAAAAGCUUGACUUUCGUGAAUGUUAACAUUAUAGAGUUAUUGACAAGUAAUCAUGUUAAAGCUACUUUCUUUGGUACUGACAGUACUAGCCCUGCAACAUGUCGAUGCUAGAUCACUUUCCUAUUACAAACAAUCACCUGAGACUGAAAUACACCAAAUCACAAAGCCACUUUACUACGAUGUAAAGGAAUUUCCACGUUUCGAUUACUCGUGGUCUUUACCAUCAUUUCCCUCAUUUUCUUCGAUAGGUCAUUGGUUUAAAAAUAACGAUGACACUAUAACUAUCUUAAAGAAAAGGAUGGAUGCGUUGGAAAAGUUUCAGAAUGAGGUCCUUCAAUUAUUGAAACAAUUAAACGUGGCGAACACAUCUCCGUCUUCCCCCACGCAAUUGCCAGAUAAGGACCAAAUCCAAGAAGAUUUCGGAAAUGUGAAGGGAGAGGAAGAGAAACCGGUGAACAACGAUACCGUUGAAAAUACAAAAAAAGAGCAGGCACAAAGCGAUUCGACGGCAAUAAAGAACGACAGUGUAGCGAGCGAAACAACACCUUUCACGAUCAUUGAUAAUGAGAGUGUACUACCAACGAAAGCGAAUGAAAAGGAAAUGACAACACCGUGGAAAACCGACGAUGCACAAGCUAACGCAUCUCUAAAUGAAAACGGAUUGCAAAACACCACGAACGACCAAGACGACAGAAAUGCUGAAUUGACUGAAAAACCAGAGAAAUUGGAAAAUUUAGACGUAGUAUUGAGUGAAUUUGAUAAGUCAAAAAUCGACGAAUCCGUGGAGAAUGAAGAGAAUCAGAAGUUCGGGAAAACCCGAAAAAACGUCACCACUGAAAGCAUUGAACAAACAACUGAACAAACUAACGAGAGGGAUAUUAAAACGCAAAACAAUUCCGACUAAUGAGAUAUCUGAAUGUCAUCGGUAAAUGAAAUUUCCGGUCGAUAACAAUGGAAUUACUGUGAAUGUGAAAUGACGAAUACAGUAAUUUGUGAUGAAAGAGGGAUACGAGUGAUUUUAUAAUUUGUAUAAUUACUUUUUAUAUUGAUGUUAUAAAUGUAUGUAAGGGAAUAUAUUAAUAGGAUUUUCUUUUCUUUUCCUUUUAUUGACUAUUUGAAAUUUUGUGCGAGGAUUAUUUUGAUUCCAUGAAUACUUAUAUUUGUGUAGGCAAAACAUGAAUAACAUAAAUAAUAUAAACAAAGAAUAUAGAUUUUUUACCACAUUUUUAAGUUAAUUUUUUAUUUUCCAAAAUUUUUUGAAACUUCGUAAUAUGUGUAUAUACUUACUC